UUUACUUUACGUUACGUCAUUCUGGGAUAAUUGACACAACCAGCAUGGCUGAUGUCCAAGCAGAAGCUGGAAUUCCAGCUGUGGAUUCAGAGACUAAAGGCACAGAAAGUAAUGAAGACCUGGCCCAGGACAAGGUCCAAGGACCUUCUGAGGAAGAGAUGCUGGCCCACGUCAGAGCUCAGCCUGGAACUGCACUGGUGAAAGCAAAAUACAUUGAUUUUGCACGUGUUGCAGAAGGAAUCACUAGUAAACAAGAUCGCAAGGAUGCCUCCGAAGUGACCAAGGAGAAGCGCAAAGAACCUGAAGACCCUCAACCUGGAGGCAAAAAGCAGAAAAAGAUCAAGGGUAUGAACAAGAACCGACCCAGGGACCACCAAUUUAUGCCGCAUGCAGAGCGUCCUUGUCUCGAUUUCUUGAGCGGCAAAACCUGCAGGUUCGGGGAAAAUUGCAAAUUCAGUCAUGAGAUCCAAAAGCUGAUGGAGAGUAAGGCACCCGACAUCGGUCCGAGAUGUAUCAGUUUUGAGAGAUUCGGUACCUGUCCGUAUGGUCUUCUCUGCCGCUUUGGAGGUGCCCACAUAGACGAUAACCUAAAGAGCGUUGUCAAUGACGAGAAGGUCAAGGAAACGGGUGGUAAGUUUGACGUCAGGAAUAUUAUGAGCAAAGACUUGCAGAGUAAGUUGAGGAAGAGGAACUUUGGUUUCAGCAAAUCUGAUCAGUACUUGAGAACUUUGGGAGGCAAAAAGAAGGGGUUUAAAAAGCAUGGAGGACCUGCCGGAAAGGACAAUAUCGCAAGCAAUACCACAAGUACUGCAAGCACCGGUGAGAAUGGGACUCUUGAAGGAUCAACCAAGGUUGGUGGGGAUGCAAUUCAAGAUGGCAACGGAACUCAGAGCCCUUCUGCUGCAGUGCCAACCAGUGAAGAUGUUGGCAGCCAUGCAGCAGGGACUGUAACGGAUAGUGAUGUCAUCAGGCUUAGACCAGAGGAGAAGAGGAAGCUAGAUGUUAAGGAUAAACUCCUUCUUGCGCCCCUGACAACAGUUGGUAACCUUCCAUUCCGGGCUGUAUGUAAGAAGCUUGGUGCAGACAUCACCUGCGGUGAGAUGGCAAUGUGUACUAACUUACUCCAAGGUCAGACGUCUGAAUGGGCGCUACUGAAGCGACAUCCUUCUGAAGAUGUCUUUGGUGUCCAACUUUGUGGCGCUUUCCCAGACACAAUGACCAAGUGUGCUGAGUUGUUGAACAAUACAAUAGACAUUGAUUUCAUUGAUGUCAAUGUUGGCUGUCCAAUUGAUAUGGUGUACCACAAGGGAGCUGGGUCUGGUUUGAUGAACAGGAUGGGCAAGUUCCAAGAAAUUGUCAGGGGGAUGAGUUCGGUCCUAGAUGUUCCUUUAACCGUAAAAAUGAGAACUGGCGUCCAUAACGAAAGUCGAAUUGCACACAAGAUCAUACCUCGCGUCUAUGAAUGGGGAGCCUCCGUCGUCACGGUUCAUGGACGUACGAGAGAGCAGCGUUAUUCUAAGCUUGCCGAUUGGGAUUAUCUGAGGCAGUGUACAGAGGCUGCGGACCCCUAUCCAUUCAUUGGAAACGGAGACAUCCUGUCGUUUGAAGAUGCAAACUUCUUCCGUGAGAAGAGUGGAUCGGCAGGUCAGAUGAUAGCCAGAGGUGCCCUCAUCAAACCAUGGAUAUUCACUGAGAUCAAAGAACAGAGACAUUGGGAUAUCUCAUCCAGUGAACGCUUUGACAUACUACAGGAUUAUGUCAACUUAGGGCUCUUACAUUGGGGUUCAGACACUCCGGGAGUGCGGAAGACAAGGAGAUUCCUGUUAGAGUGGCUCUCGUUCCUCCAUCGAUACAUCCCGGUAGGAGUCUUGGAAAGACCACCUCAGAAGAUCAACGAAAGACCUCCUUACUUUGUCGGUCGGAAUGACCUGGAAACCCUGAUGGCGAGUGCUAACUGCGCCGACUGGGUUAAGAUCAGUGAAAUGUUCCUUGGUCCUGUACCUGAUGACUUCCUGUUCUUACCAAAACACAAAGCCAGCUCCUACAAGUGAAACUGUCCUGAGAGAGAUGUUUAAACAAAGAGUAAAGUCGCACUUACUAAAGAGUUCAGUU